AGCCGGGCAUGCUCACGCCCAUCUGGGUCCGCGGCCGCAGGAGAAAACGUCCUGCCGAGGAAUCCUUCAACGAUGAGAACCCGAGGCCGAUACCGAGCGGACCCAAGGGCGGCCGACCCCUGAUGUCCCGCCAGGCGAAGCUCGAUUCCUCGCAAGCCAAAACCGACAAGCGAGCACGUCUGCUCGUCGCCAAACCGACCAAGCAGCGGAAGAAGCUGUCGAAUCUGGAAUCGCUGCCCGUCGAGCUGAUCGAGAAGAUCUUCCUCUACUCGCUGAACGUGAACUUCGCCCGCUGCUCAUUGCCCCUCAUCGCGGCGAUCUCUAGCGAACGCAUCUACCGGGCCUUGAUCCUGCUGGCCUUCUGGGACGAUACCUCGACGACAGCCGCGGGAACGCGCGCCUCCGAAACAGCCAUAUCCAGAAUCCUGCGGCCACUGGACUACUCACCCCUCCGCGAUGCAGACCGCAGACAAUUGCAGGAUACCAUCCUGCGCUGCAAAUGGUGCACCGUGCAGCGACUCCUGGCUCAGCUCCCCGACCUCAUGAACCUCUGCAUCCAGCGCCACUGGUUCGGCGCAGGGAUCGUCAUGGCCCCGGAACAAGAAGACGCAUUGAACCGAUUCCUCGCGCAAGAACAAGACAUCCGCACCUUUGAAGGCACCGACCCUACCAGCACCACUACCACCGACGACGACGACGACGACGACGACGACGACAACCCAACCCACUACACCCUAACCAUCAACCCCCUCGUCUCCAUCACAAUCACCCACCACGAGACCGACCAAACAACCACCCACCCCAUCCUAGGCGUGCUCCUCAUCCCCCCCAACCUCCUACAAGGCGGGCCCCUCGACUCGGAAGAAGAAGGCUUCACCUCCCCAGCACACACAAACUACCUUGAAACCCUCCGCAUCGCCAGCGGUUUCAACCGCACCGCCCUCACCAAACCCACCGUCACGCUCUCCCGCCCCGCCCUGCAACGAGGCAUCCACACCGCGCUGGUCGAAAACAACCGGAAGGCCCUCACCACCCUCCUCAAAAUCGACGAAUACCAUUUCCGCGCCGAGAACACCGACAUCGACCCUGCCUCCGCCGCCAUGAUACCGUAUACCCUCCCCGCGGAACACUUCCGGACGGCCGUCCGCGUCGCCCGUCGCGAUCCGGUCUUCUUUCAAAUCCUGCUGCGCGCCAGUGCGGAGUCCGUGCCCGCUGAUGACCCCGAGAUCACGGAGUGGGCCAUGCAGCAGCGGGAUGCGUUUGGGGCCUGGCUGUUGGAUCUCAUGCUGCAUUUGCCCGAGCAGAUCGAGGCUGCGCGGACGAAUCCGGCCGAGCAGGCGGUGUUUUAUCUGGGACGGGCGAAUGCGCAGAGGGGGCUGGCGAGACGGUACCUUAGGGAGGUGCUGGGGGUGGAGGAGUUGGGCAGUUGGUUGGAGGAGUCGACUUUUGAUGUUUCCGGGUUGUGGAAGAUACCGAGGAUCGAUUGA